AGAGUGGGAGAGGCAGCGGCAGUGUCGGGCGGAUCCUGCUCCAGGAGCCCAGGCUCUUGGGCCUGAGAGAAGGGGAUCGUCAGGACCCAGGAAUGUUCUGCAUGAAUCUGCCCCAGAAAUGGCAAGUCAAGACCUAAGAAUGAUUGUCCGGAUCCUGCCCAAUUGUGAUUUGCAUGUGUAUAAACUCUGCCUUUACCCCAGGUGGGGAAGCCCUCCCCAAAAGAGGACUUCAGGUCAGCUUGCUGAGGACCGAAGCCUAUUCCCAGGAGAGACAGCAAAGAGAAUGGCACCUGGGAGCCAGAGACCCUCAUCCCAGGAGUUGGUGACAUACAAGGAUGUGUUUGUGGACUUCACUAAGGAGGAGUGGGGCCUCUUAGACCAUUCUCAGAAACAGCUGUACAAGGAGGUCAUGCUGGAGAAUAUCCACAACCUGCUAUCCCUGGAUUUAGAGACCAGGUUGGAAGUAAAUGAGGUGACUAGAAAUCGUGGAAUUUUUCUUGAAAAAUGUGACCUUCAUAGAUUCAUGAGUGAUGGUCCCUGGAGCUUCAAAUGGAGAGAAAUCCAUGACCCUGAUGUCAACUUAAAUAAAAAUCCAAAGAGUGAAUAUGAAUUUGAUGAAAUUGGAAAGAGAUUCAGUCAGUCUUGUAUCCUAAAUCCCUGUAAGAAAAUGACCUCAGGGAAUGACUCUGUUCUGGAUACUGAAUAUAGCAGAUGCUUUAUUGAACAUGUAGAGUUUUUUCAGUCCCAUGAGAAGGCUCCUGAAAUGCCAGUGUAUCCAGGUAAUCAGUGGGAAAUGACCUGGAACUGGAGUUCAGACCUUAUUAGACUUCAGAUGACUGAUAUUGGAGAAAUGCUUUGUGUAAGUAGUAAAGGUGGGAAGGGCUUGAGUCAGAACUCUAAGCUCAUUCCUCAUCAGGAAAUUCCCAUUAGAAGGGAGCUUGAUAAAUAUAAUGAAUGGGCACCAACCUUAUCCCAUCACUCAUCUCUUCUUUGUCAGCCUAAAUUUCACCCUGCAAUGAAAAGUUGUGCAUGUGCUCAGUGUGGGAAGGCCUUUGGUUGGGACUCAAAUCUUGAUAGAUCUCAUAAGAUUCAUACUGGGGGGAAGUUUUAUGAAUAUCAUCAAUCUGGGAGGGCUUUUUGCCACAGAUCACUCAUCAUUCGCCAUCAGAGAAUCCAUACUGGAGAAAAACCUUAUGAAUGCAAUCACUGUGGAAAGGCUUUCUCAGACAGGGGCACUCUUACUGUACAUCAGAGAAUCCAAACUGGAGAGAAACUUCGUGAAUGUAGUCAGUGUGGAAAGCCUUUCACACACAGCUCCAGUGUUGCUACACAUCAGAGGAUCCACACUGGAGAGAGACUUUAUGAAUGUAAUCAAUGUGAAAAGACUUUCAGAAGGAGCUCCCAUCUUGUUGCCCAUCAGAAAAUCCACAAUGGAGAGAAACCUUAUGAAUGUAAUCACUGUGGAAAGGCUUUUACAUACAGGAGCCAACUUGGUGCCCAUCAGAGAAUCCACACUAGAGAGAACCCUUUUGAAUGUAAUCACUGUGGAAAGGCUUUCACAAACAGGAGCAAACUUGCUGCCCAUCGGAGAAUCCACACUGGAGAGAAACCUUAUGAAUGCAAUCACUGUGGAAGGGCUUUCACACAGAGGGGCAAUCUUACUGCACAUCAGAGAAUCCACACUGGAGAGAAACCAUAUGAAUGUAGUUUAUGUGGAAAGGCUUUCAAUGAAGGGGGCAGUCUUGCUUCCCAUCAGAAAAUCCACACUGGAGAGAAACCUUUUGAAUGUAAUUUAUGUGGAAAGGCUUUCAAAGACAGGGCCAGUCUUGCUUCCCAUCAGAAAACCCACAGUGGAGAGAAACCUUUCGAAUGUAAUCAAUGUGGAAAGACUUUCAGAAAGCACUCCCAUCUUAUUGGUCAUCAGAGAAUCCACAGUGGAGAGAAACCUUUUGAAUGUAAUCAGUGUGGAAAGACUUUCAUAGAGAGGUACCGUCUUGCUGCACAUCAAAGAAUACACACUGGAGAGAGACCUUUUGAAUGUAAUCAAUGUGGAAAAGCUUUCAUAGAGAGGUACCAUCUUGCUGACCAUCAGAAAAUCCACAUUGGAGAGAGACCUUAUGAAUGUAAUCAAUGUGGAAAGACUUUCAAAAGGAACUCCCAUCUUGUUGCCCAUCAGAAAAUCCACAGUGGAGAGAAACCUUAUGAAUGUAAUCAUUGUGGAAAGACCUUCACAUACAGGAGCCAACUUGGAGCCCAUCAGAGAAUCCAUACUGGAGAGAGACCUUUUGAAUGUUGUCACUGUGGAAAGGCUUUCACUAACAGGAGCAAACUUGGUGCCCAUCAGAGAAUCCAUACUGGAGAGAAACCUUAUGAAUGUAAUCACUGUGGAAAGGCUUUCAAUGAGAGGGGCAGUCUUGCUGCCCAUCAGAGAAUCCACACUGGAGAGAAACCUUAUGAAUGCAAUUACUGUGGAAAGGCUUUCACACAGAGGGGCAAUCUUACUGCACAUCAGAGAAUCCACACUGGAGAAAAACGUUAUGAAUGUAAUUUAUGUGGAAAGGCAUUCAAUGAAAGGGGCAGUCUUGCUUCACAUCAGAGAAUCCACACUGGAGAGAAACCUUUUGGAUGUAAUUUAUGUGGAAAGGCUUUCAAAGACAGGGCUAGUCUUGCUUCCCAUCAGAAAACCCACAGUGGAGAGAAACCUUUUGAAUGUAAUCAAUGUGGAAGGACUUUUAGAAAGCAUUCUCAUUUUGUUGGCCAUCAGAGAAUCCACAGUGGAGAGAAACCUUUUGAAUGUAAUCAAUGUGGAAAGACUUUCAUAGAGAGUUACCGUCUUGCUGCACAUCAGAGAAUCCACACUGGAGAGAGACCUUUUGAAUGUCAUCAAUGUGGAAAGACUUUCAGAACACGCUCCCAUCUUGUUGACCAUCAGAGAAUCCACAGUGGAGAGAAACCUUAUGAAUGUAAUCACUGUGGAAAGGCUUUCACAUACAGAAGCAAACUUGGUGCUCAUCAGAGAAUUCACACUGGAGAGAAACCUUAUGAAUGUAAUCACUGUGGAAAGGCUUUCAAAGACAGGUACAAUCUUGCUUCCCAUCAGAGAAUCCACACUGGAGAGAAGCCUUUUGAAUGUAAUCACUGUGGAAAGACUUUUACAGAAAAGGGUAAUCUUGCUGCCCAUCAGAGAAUCCACACUGGAGAGAAACCUUUUGAAUGCAGUCAAUGUGGAAAGGCUUUUACACACAGGGGCAGUCUUUUGGCCCAUCAGAGAAUUCACACUGGAGAGAAACCUUUUGAAUGCAAUCACUGUGGAAAGGCUUUCACACAGAGGGGAGGUCUUUUUGCCCAUCAGAGAAUCCACACUGGAGAGAAACCUUUUGAAUGCAAUCACUGUGGAAAGGCUUUCACGCAGAGUGGCAGUCUUUUUGCCCAUCAGAGAAUCCACACUGGAGAGUAACCUUAUGAAUGUGAAAGGGCUUUCACAACCGGGCAGAGUCUUGUUGCACAUCAGAAAAUCCACAGUGGAGAGAAAUUUUUGAAUGUAAGCAGUCUGGAAAGACUUUCAGAAAGACUUGCCAUCUUGCUGCACAUCAGAGAAUCCACACUAAUGAGAAGCCUUUCAAAAGGAGGCAGAGUCUUGCUCCAGGAGGCCAGUGUCAGUGGAUGAAAUAAGAAAUAUGGGGGGAAAGGUAUGAGACUGGUAAGGUGGGAGAGGUUUGUUGUGCAGGGCUUUGAAUGCCAAACAUUUUUUGUUUGCUCUUGAAAACAGUAGGAAGACAUUAGAGUUUACUGAGUGGGAGAGGGGUAGGACCUGGUCAGAUCUGCACUUUAGGAAAAUGAUGGGCU